GGCAAAAAGUGUUCGUCAAAAAUUGCGUGACUUCCUUCCUCUAAGAUUUGACUAUACAUACUUCUCUGUGUUUCAACACUUGUGCCGCUUCGACGAAAACAACCAGACAACCCAGCUACACCACCUGCUGCAACUCAGAACAUUUACGGAUUCCAAUAUGGCCAUGGCUGCAGAGAUUACACCAGAAGAGCUGGAGGAACUUCGGGAAGCAUUUGCCAUGAUAGAUGUAGACAAAAAUGGCUACGUGAGUAAGGCUGAGAUCAAUGAGCUCUUCAGGGCUGCCAACUUGCCACUGCCUGGCUACAGGAUCCGAGACAUUGUCCAGGAGCUAACCCAAAACAGUGACAAUCUUACCUUUGAGGAGUUCUCCCAAAUUGUCCAUGGGCUCAAGAGCACAGAGGUAGCCAAGACCUUCAGGAAAGCAAUCAACAAGAAGGAGGGCAUCCGUAGUGUAGCUGGAACUUCAGAACAGUCUGGAACUCAGCACUCCUAUUCAGAGGAGGAGAAGGUGGCGUUUGUGAACUGGAUAAAUCAAGCGCUUGAGAAGGACCCGGAUUGUCAGCAUGUCCUCCCAGCUGAUCCCAGCAAUGAUGACCUGUUCAGAGCUGUGGGAGACGGAAUUGUUCUCUGCAAAAUGAUAAAUCUAUCUGUUCCGGAUACCAUUGACGAGCGUACCAUUAACAAAAAAAAGAUGACGCCCUUCACGAUUCAGGAGAACUUGAACUUGGCCCUCAACUCUGCAUCUGCCAUCGGUUGCCAUGUGGUCAAUAUUGGAGCUGAGGACUUAAAAGAGGGGCGGCAGCACCUUGUCCUUGGUCUGCUUUGGCAGGUCAUCAAAAUCGGACUUUUUGCAGAUAUUGAACUCAGCAGGAAUGAGGCCCUCAUCGCACUGCUACGGGACUCCGAAAGUCUGGAGGAUCUGAUGAAACUUUCUCCGGAGGAGCUGCUACUGCGCUGGGCUAACUUUCACCUGGAGGAGGCUGGGUGUUCCAAGAUCAACAACUUCAGUUCUGACAUCAAGGACUCAAGAGCAUAUUACAACCUGCUGAAUCAAGUGGCACCUACUGGAGAUGAGGAAGGUGUUCCUGCCAUUGCCAUUGACAUGUCAGGCAUCAAGGAAAAGGAGGACCUAAGAAGGGCAGAGUGCAUGUUGGAGCAGGCGGACAGGUUGGGCUGCAAACAGUUCGUCAUGGCCCCUGAUGUCGUCCGUGGAAACCCCAAACUCAAUUUGGCGUUUGUGGCCAAUCUCUUCAACAAAUACCCGGCACUGAAAAAACCUGAGAAUCAGGAAAUUGACUGGAGCAGCAUCGAAGGUGAAACCAGGGAGGAGCGAACCUUCAGGAAUUGGAUGAACUCAUUGGGGGUUAACCCUCAAGUCAACCACCUGUAUUCUGACAUUGAUGACGCCCUGGUUAUCUUCCAGCUGUAUGAAAAAAUCAAAGUUCCUGUGGACUGGCAGCGAGUCAAUAAGCCUCCAUUUGUUAAACUGGGCAGUAAAAUGAAAAAGUUAGAGAACUGUAACUACGCAGUAGACCUGGGGAGAAAGGAAGCCAAAUUUUCUCUGGUGGGCAUUGCUGGUCAAGACCUGAAUGCAGGGAAUCGAACCCUGACCCUUGCUCUACUUUGGCAGCUCAUGCGAAGGUACACAUUGAACAUACUAGAGGACCUCGGACAGGGUGAGAAAGUGAUUGAUGACACCAUUGUGUCCUGGGUCAAUGAUGCGCUCUCACAAGCUGGAAAAGCCACCAUCUCAGGUUUUAAGGAUGGAGCCAUCAGCACCAGCAUGCCGGUUCUGGACUUGAUUGACGUAAUUCGGCCUGGAUCCAUCCGUUAUGAUAUGCUAAAGACAGAGGAGCUCACAGAAGAAGAGAAAGUCAACAAUGCCAAAUACGCCAUCUCUAUGGCGAGGAAAAUUGGUGCACGAGUGUACGCUCUACCAGAGGACCUGGUAGAGGUCAAACCUAAGAUGGUAAUGACGGUGUUUGCCUGCCUGAUGGCCAGAAGCAUGAUGAAAGCCUGAUCCUGCAACAUACAGCUGAGAUUUUUUCCGCUUCACAAAGCCUUUUGGGUCUUGGAGGACAAAUUUGAUCGACAUCUCAUCGCUUUUUUUUGGAAUUUGUGGCUACUUCAUGUUUUCCUUGUAAUGAACCAGUUACAUUCACAAAUGAAUUUUUGUAACAGCAACAUGACUGUGAUGUAUUAGGCAGCAUUUGAAAUAAAAACACUCAACUUUGGAAUUAGAAAUUAGUUUUGUUUUUUCCAAUUCUGUAAGAUGUGGUAUAUGGCUAGUGCAUAGCAGUGUAGAAAAAAGAAGCUUGUUUCAAUGCAGGUCUGUACUCUGUAAAAGCCUAAAGCAUGUCAUUUUUUCAUGUAGCAUUUUACAGACUGGCCUGAUAUCAUAGUGCCAUGUCCAGCAGCUGUACUGUGCUUCAAUGAUUGUCUUUACUUUCAUAUAUUUCUGAACGGAGUAAUAGUCCUAUUUCAAUUAUACGCCACUAAACAUGAAGAGGCACUUGCUAUCCUGUAUCCCCCUGGAUAAGUGCCAUGUGUCUGGUCCAAAUGAAGCGACAGAUACUUUAUGCUGAAUUUAGGCCGGGAUUGGCUGGUUGUAAUAGAAUUGUUGGUAAGUAGUCAUUGUUGUAUGAGGGUUAGGGUUAGGGUUAUGACCAAAACAGAUACUAUAAUGCUUUCCCCAUCCUCUCCCCCUAAACCUAACUACCCAAAACAAAUGGCUUAACCUGAACUCUGGAUCAAACUUAAAACCAAUCAUAAUAACCUAGUUAUUUUUAAGUAUUUAUCUUCCAAUUGAGGCUUAACCUUGUGUUGUCCAGCCAAAUCUCCCCACAAAGGCAUAGGUUUCUCACAAGGACAGUGUUUUGGUUCCCAAAAAGUAGGAUAAAUAAGACCACACACACAAAAAAUGGGCACCAUCAAACCACACCACUACAUCAUUUGUAUUUAACAAAAUAUAGUCUUGAUACAACUCCAUGAAGAAUAAAGUAACAUACCGUAUUUUCCGGACUACAGAGCGCACCGGAAUAUUAGCCGCACCCACCAAAUCUAAGAAGGAAAAUGGAUUUUGUUCAUACAUAAGCCGCACCGCUCUAUAAGCCGCGGGUGCACCGUUGCUGUCUGCGCCACAGAAAAUGCAUGAGGAUCACUUCUAGCGAUCCUCUAGUACUAGUUUUGAAGACGGGGUCCAGUGUCGAGACUGACUCAUGAAACAAUCUUGCCAAUGUUCUGAACUCCAGUCAUGAACUCCUCACAUCUUAUUUACAUUUAAAGUGUUCAGAAAGCGCUGUUUUCACCCUCCAGUAGAUCGUCUCUGUCAGCAGAGCUGCGGACACAAACAGCGCAAUUUGAGCGCUUUAAAGGUAAAUAAAACGCCCGUGAUGUCAUCGGUUUGAUGUGACGAAGCUCAAUAUUUUUGCCAGCAAAGAGCAUGCUCAUUAGACUCUAAAAACUCGGGAUGCUCCGAGAGACAGGGAGAGCACUCAGCUGAAGUAGCUGUCUUCAAUCUCUUUCAUGAAAGUUCUCACUCUGGACGGUUGCAAACGUUUCAGAUUGACCGCGAACGCUGCAUCUGACACACACAAGACUGCAGCGGAUUCGGUCCCGGUUGAUUCCGUCUUAAAACGACACCUGAGAAAGGCUGCUCAUCUGGCGCGGUGAAAUUAAUGAUUAUUUCUCGGGCAAUAUGCUUCGCGUUCUGAACGUCACGCUCAGACCGGCGAGUGUCGCGAGUGACCGCUGGUUCCUGUAGUUUCACUUUCAUGAGCACCAGAAAACUCUCUGUGCUCCGUCAAGUGCUGGUGUUUUAAAUAUCGUAUUGAAUUCGUGGCGUUGACGCCCUUUAACGUGCAUGUGCUGCAGGAUGCAAACUUGACAUGACAGACUGAAAAAAGCUUCCGCAUUAGACACGCCGUUGCCAAGCGAGUGGCGAGUCGGGAGGGAGGAGCAGACGCAUCACAAACCGCGGGCGGUGCCUCAUCAGAACGGCUGCUGUCACAUGUGAUCGGAUUUUGUGACCAGCAAUGACAGGCAGUGGUCGGCAUUCACAGAUCACAACGAGUUCAGCCUUUCAUAAUCGGUGGCCGAUUGAUUGGAAUAUCCCUGUAAAAAUCAAUAUAUUAGCCGCAUCGUUUUAUAAGCCGCAGGGUUCAGAUCGCGAGAAAAAAGUAGCGGCUUAUAGUCCGGAAAUUACGGUAAUAUUCCAGCAAUAAACUAUUUUUCAACCUGUUUAGAACUGUCACAAACAUAAAUAAGAGGCGCAAAGUGCCACAUAAAACUUGAUUUUUCUAGCCAUCUUUGAAGUAAAAUCAGUCACAUCAUCGAAUAUUUUUGAUGCUGCAUGAUUGAUACAGAUGAUGGCAAGUGCAAGUGCCAAUAAACGCUCCUUUCACGCGGUGGACCUCAAAGCAACAAUGGGUAACAUUAGGACAGAAAUUAUUUUCAUAUUUCCUGAGAUGACAAGUUUCAGUAUGAACAGUCAAAAAUCCCGGAGUCAGCUCUCUGUUAAAUGCUCCCUUGGACUCUGUUACUUUGUCUGGGCGAGCCACCCAGAGGUGUGUUCUGUGAGUGGUGUCACAGCCCCAACUCCACCCUCCUGCAACACUUUACGGCAGACAGGCAGAGCGACUUCGGCAGCGAGCUGAGUUCCUUUGCGACAUCAUGGCAGAAGAAUGUAAU